GAAUAAAAACAAACAGGAUGUUGUUUGGGUCAGACUGGUGCUGAUGACACGCAGUGUACUCUGCGUUUGGUGAGGAUGUCAUAAAAAAAGCCUGUGAAUUGUUCUUCCACUGGCAUUUAAGGCCAUCGAAACAUCACAACGAUGCAUAAUACUGGCAGUGUUUAACAAUAAGUACAUGAAUGUACGCUAUUGGAGUAAUAUCUUGCAUGUUGCGGCUCAAACUGUAGCCGUGACUGCUGUGACAUAAAACUGAACUUCGCUGCAGAACAGACUCCAUAUUGUCUGCAUCUUCGAGACAUCUGCGGGUCCAUAGUUCUCUUUUUAUGACACAACCGCGGGAGGCAUUGUGUUUUUGGGGUUGUCGGUACAUCUGUACGUCCGUCUGUUACGCCCGUCCCAUUCUUGUGAAAGAAAUAUCUCGAAUCCACUUGGACUUAACCCUUUAUCGUGUGAGUAACCAUAUAGGGUAAUUUCCGCACGCUGUACUUAUUGCGUCCUUCCCGCGCCUCAGUGAGUUCAAGAAUCAUGUGUUCUUCACCCAGCCAAUCAGCAAAGAUCACCCAUGUCACACCACCUGCCUUUGUGGCAUUUGACCAAUCAGCAGAGACCUGGUGGGCAUGUGACUUUCUCUUUUUUUCUGAAUCCCGGAAAUGACGGUUUUGCAGCUCGACGCUAUUUACAAUUACGGUCCAAACAACUAAACUAACCAUGCAAGUGUCUGCUCGUGAUUUUUAUGCCAAGAAGAGGCAGACUGUUGUCGUGCCAGCCCUCCCUGCCAUCAGUGAUGAUGAUGAAGAAGAAGGUGAUGAUGACGAUGUGGCAGACCCUGACUUUGUCCUGACCACCGACAACCAGGACAUUCCAGGCCCAAGCAACAUGGGCCCCUCUGCCAAGAGGAAGCGCAGGCAGCCUGCAGUGGAGGUGCUCCAGGACAGCGACAGUGAGGAUGAUGAUGAUGAGCAGCCAGCACCACAAGCCCAGAGGCCAUGUAAAUCCAGUAAGUCAGCAGACGGGUCAACCACCUGGCACAAAGUUGACAUAAACAACACAGCCCUGCCUGAAUACCAGCACUCUCCCCCUGACUACAUAGAAACCCCUUUUCAGUACUUUACCAGGUACUUUGACGCCAAAAUCAUCAGGCAUAUCACCCACCAAACAAACUUAUACGCUGCUCAGAAAGACAUAAACACCAUUUUCAACACAAAUGAGAAGGAAAUGAUGACCUUUGUGGGCAUCCUCAUCUUUAUGGGGGUUGUUCUGCUCCCAGCUGUUGAAGACUACUGGGCCAUGGAGACCAGGGUCCCUCAGGUUGCCAACCUGAUGUCAUCUAAGAGGUUCAAGCUGCUGAAAAGGGUUGUCCACUUCUGUGACAACACCAAGAUCCCUGGCACCAGUGACCGCUUCUUCAAAGUCCGGCCUCUGUUCAGCUUCCUCACUACCGCCUUCCUGCUUGAGCCACAGACCCCCAAACAGUCUGUGGAUGAGGUGAUGGUUGCCUACAAAGGGAAGACAGCCGGCAACCUGAGGCAGUGUAUAAAAAGCAAGCCACACAAGUGGGGUUUUAAGUUGUUUGCCAGGGCCUCUGAGGAUGGCUUCAUCCAUGACAUGGUGCUAUACCAGGGCAAGACUACUCUGGAGGGCCAUGAUGCUUCCCUGACACCUGAACAAAAAGCCUUGGGUGCCACCAGCCAGAUUGUCUCUGUCCUGGCCAGUUCCAUGUCCUCCCUCACUACCACAGCCAUCUUUGCUGAUAACUUUUUCAGCAGCCUGGAGCUGGUGCGGUACCUCCGAGACCAUAACUGCAGGUACACGGGGACAGCCAGGGACAAUAGGAUCAGAAAGCAGACACUCAAGGCCGUCAAAGAGAUGGAGAAAAAGACUGUCCCUCGUGGUACAUGUGACUACGUCACUAGUGAUGAAGGGAUACUGGCCAUCCGGUGGAAGGACAACAAAACGGUCACUCUGCUGUCAACAGACGUGGGGGUGGAGCCGAUGUCCUCAGUCAUGAGGUACUGCAGAGAGACCAAUACAAAGGAGCCUGUGAGCUGUCCAGCUGUCAUCAGGAGUUACAAUGCCAACAUGGGGGGGCAUUGACAAGAGUGACAUGUUGGUCCAC